AACUGCAGCACUGGCAGCCUUGCCCACCCAGACCCUCCCCCUGCCCCUGUUCCCUGUUCUCUGUCCUGCCUUUGAAUUGAGGUUCAUCCCUCCACCCCACUGCCCUCGCCACAGAUUCACAGCGAGCACAUCAUGGUGGAUGUAACCAAAUGGCCCCUUUUCAGCCUGAUGGGGCCUCAGGAGCUCGCUGCGAUACGGAAAGCAUGCGUGUUUGGAACGUCUGCUAAUGAGGCCAUCUACAUCACCAGUGAUGAAGAGGUGUAUGUGUUUGGGUUAAACUGCAGCAACUGCCUGGGAACAGGGGACAGUCAGAGCACCAUUGUACCCAAGAAGCUGGACUUCCUGAGUGGGCGGAAGGUGGUCAGCCUGAGCUACGGCAGUGGACCCCACAUCCUGCUGGCCACAGAGGACGGAGAGCUAUUUGCCUGGGGACAUAAUGGCUACAGUCAACUGGGAAACGGGACAACCAACCAAGGAGUAGCUCCGGUGCUCGUGUCUGCCAACCUGCUCAAUAAGAAGGUCACAGAGGUGUCCUGUGGCUCUCACCACUCAAUGGCUCUGACUGACUCAGGAGAAGUGUAUGCAUGGGGCUACAACAACUGUGGUCAGGUGGGCUCAGGCUCCACAGCAAACCAGCCUACACCUCGCAGAGUGUCCAGUUGCCUGCAGAACAAGGUGGCUGUCAGUAUCGUCUGUGGUCAGACCUCAUCUCUGGCUGUAGUGGACAAUGGAGAAGUGUACGGUUGGGGCUAUAAUGGGAAUGGACAACUUGGACUUGGAAAUAAUGGGAACCAGCUCACUCCCUGUCGACUUGUGGCUCUGCAGGGUUUAUGUGUGCAACAGAUUGUCUCAGGCUAUGCCCAUUCCCUGGCACUAACAGAUGAGGGGUUGCUCUACGCAUGGGGCGCCAACACAUAUGGACAGCUGGGCACCGGCAACAAGAGCAACCAGCUGAGCCCAGUUCAGAUCAUGACUGAAAAAGAGAGAAUUGUAGAGAUUGCUGCUUGUCACUCCACACAUACGUCAGCUGCAAAGACCCAGAGCGGUCAGGUGUACAUGUGGGGCCAAUGCAGGAGCCAGUCCAUAGUGCUGCCUCACCUCACGCACUUUACCUGCACCGACGAUGUCUUUGCAUGCUUCGCCACCCCCUCAGUUAUGUGGAGGCUUCUUUCCAUGGAGCAUGACGACUUCUUGACCGUGGCUCAGUCUCUGAAGAAAGAGUUUGACAACCCAGAGACAGCUGACCUCAAGUUCUGCGUCGAUGGCAAAUAUAUCUAUGUCCACAAAGCAGUUCUCAAAAUCAGGUGUGAACACUUCAGAUCCAUGUUCCAGUCCCACUGGAAUGAAGACAUGAAGGAAGUGAUUGAAAUAGACCAGUUCUCUUAUCCAGUCUACCGUUCCUUCCUGGAGUUCCUCUACACAGACAACGUGGAGUUGCCUCCUGAGGAUGCUAUUGGGCUGCUGGAUCUGGCAACAUCGUAUUGUGAGAACCGCCUGAAACGGCUUUGUCAACACAUUAUCAAGAGGGGAAUCACUGUUGAAAACGCUUUCUCCCUGCUGUCAGCAGCGGUGCGUUAUGAUGCCGAGGACCUUGAAGAGUUCUGCUUUAAGUUCUGCGUGAAUCACCUGACAGAGGUGACCCAGACUGCUGCUUUCUGGCAGAUUGACGGCAACUUGCUCAAAGAUUUCAUAUGUCGAGCCAGUCGCUGUGGAGCCUUCAAAAAUUGACCUCAACCCGAGGUCAUGAUAGCAACAGAUGCAAAGGAUGCUGUGGAACUCUGGGAGUAAAUUCCCAAAGGAUGUCAUCACACCCAUUAGGGGCUGGUUACACAGUGGGUAUGUUUGAUUAUCACCAUCACUGUCAAAUCUGUUAUUUAUCUCAUUCCAGGCUAGAACCAGUUUGUCCAUUAGGAGCUGUAUGUACUGAGAUUAGACGACAGAGCUGACAGGUAGCAGCAUCAUUACAGAGUACAGUUAUGGUAGAUGUUUGCCUCAGUGCCUGACUGCCUAUUCAUUUGCACAUUGUGUAGAGGAGGAUAGUAUCGCUUCAUCAAGCUGUUUCUUAUUGACUUGAAAGAUUUUUGCCAGUCGCCCAAUAUCACUUCACUUUUUCUAUUUUUCUGUUUAAUUGACCAAGUUACUUCCUUAGUGUUUGCACUUGCAUUUUUAUUAUGACUUCGUUCCACUUUAGCUGAGAACCGCAUCAUAGUUUGGAUGUGGUAUCUGGAUUUGUUGUUUUCAGUUUGAGGUAUGAGGCUCUUUGCACUUAUAGAUGUCAGGAUAGAACUUGUAAUCUGAAGACUGGACCCUGACAUAUCAAGGACACAGGCAUCGAAUGCUUGAUAAAGUCUGUUUAGGUCAAACUCCGGUCAUUGAUUAUUAGUCCCAGUGGCUUCCACAGCUGCUGAGGUGUGAUCUUUUGUGUAGGUUAUAAGUUGACCCAAAGAUGGGAACUCAGGUUGCAAGAGGUUCAGAACAAAGUGAUCCAGUCUUAAACCGUGGAUUCCACUUUACAUUUGUCGAAUGCACAGGUUGGCAAGUUUUAAUUUGUGCAGCUAUAGAUCCAUAACAUUUUUAGUUUGUCUGUUUCUGUUGCACAAAAUAGUUCACUGGCAGUUAAACCUGCCUGGUUGCCAGCUGUAACAAAUGUACACAAGGCAUGGGGCCUUGCAGAAGCUUUGGCUGAGUGAGCCUGAAAUUAGACUUUUAAGGACACUUUUGCAUACGAAUGAUCUAUUGUAUGCAAUAUUUUAUGGUUUUAACAUUUAUAAAGUUGUUCAGUGACAUCUGCACUUUUUGAAGAAUAUGUUUGCUCAUUUCUAUGUAUAUUUCUAAUUUAAAAUCAAUAAUUAUGUUGAUUGAUGAGUAUUUUGAAGUGCCAGUUCCAUUGUUUUGACCUCUGCAAGCAAAUGAAUAAAAAGACU